AGCGGCGUAAUCCGUUCGUCCAAUCAGGUGAGGAGCCUGAAGCUCAGGAAAGAAGCAGAUGAUAUGGCAGCUUUGAGAGCGACCAGGUGGAACUUGCUUUGUUAACACGGCUAAAGCUUUGAUUAUGAAAACACUUUGUCGUAAAGACGACAGCUGCUCGAAAUGAUUUACUUAAUAUUGAUUUCCGCGUUCUCCGGAGCAGUCGUUACGUUGCUAUUACAGUUUCUGCUGCUGUACCGGAGGAGCCCCGAACCCAUAGGCAGGACAGUGCAGUAUGUGAAAGUAGUGCCUGAUAACGCGCUGAAGGAUUACUUUAAUACCCAGCAUGCCGAGCCAGGCCAGCAGCAGGACAGCACGGCGUCCCCGGCAUCUAAGCAGCAAGAGGCCGUGUCAGCGCGGCAGCAGGAAGCGGCUGUCCCCGGCGGCAGCCCCAAGCAGCCGCCGCCGCCGCCGCCUCCUCCGCCGCCGCCUCCUCCCCACAGCGAGCCCGCCGAGGCGGCCAGACCUGAAACGUGCAAUUUCCUAAACGCGAUAUUUCUGUUUCUGUUCAGGGAGCUCAGAGACACCCCUCUAGUGAGACACUGGCUCACCAAAAAGAUCAAGGUGGAGUUUGAGGAGCUGCUGCAGACCAAGACGGCAGGUCGGCUCCUGGAGGGGCUCAGUCUCAGGGACAUCUCCCUGGGUAAUUCCCUGCCCGUCUUUAAGACGGCCAGGCUCAUGAAGCCGGUGCCUCUGAACGACGACGGCAUGCCCGAGGAGCUCAACUUCGAGGUGGACAUCGAGUACAAUGGCGGCUUCCACCUGGCCAUCGACGUCGAGCUGGUCUUCGGGAAGUCUGCCUACUUGUUCGUUAAGAUGAGGCGCGUGGUGGGCAGGCUGAGGCUGCAGUUCACGCGCAUGCCCUUCUCCCAUUGGUCCUUCUCCUUCCUCGAGGACCCGAUAGUGGAUUUUGAGGUGAAGUCCCAGUUUGAAGGAAGGCCGCUGCCUCAGCUCACCUCCAUCAUAGUGAACCAGCUGAAACGGGUCAUCAAGAGGAAACACACCUUACCCAACUACAAAAUCAGGUACAAGCCCUUCUUCCCGUUCCAAGUGCAGCCUCAGCUGGUCCCGGCGUGUGAUUUGGACCUGUCGAUCCAGGACAACAGGCUGGUGGAGGGCCGACUCAAAGUCACCCUCACUGAAUGUAGCAGACUGUUCAUCCUGGGCUCCUAUGAAAGAGAAACCUAUGUCCACUGCACCCUGGAGCUGAGCACUCACCAGUGGAAGGAGAAGACUCGCAGCUCCAUCAAACGGACGGAGGUUAUCAAGGGGCCUUGUGGGAGUGUGGGGAUGACGUUCCGGCACGUCCCCGCCAGCGAGGGGGAUGCAGUGCACGUCAGCAUUGAGACAGUCACCCCCAACUCCCCUGCUGCCUUGGCAGACCUGCAGAGGGGGGAUCGGCUCAUCGCCAUUGGAGGUGUCAAAGUGACAUCCUCAGUCCAAGUGCCCAAACUGUUGAAACAGGCUGGAGACAGAGUGGUGGUACUCUAUGAGAGACCGGUUCGUCACCAGACUCCCUCUUUUGGAAGCCUUGGAACUCUUCAGGAAGGGUUUGGGCCGCUAGAGGAAACUGGUUUUAUUCCUCAGCCAGGGGGUUAUGAAGAAGACCCAGCCCCCAUCACCACCCUUUCUGACACACCCGACAGCAAAGACAUGGACUCUGAGUUUGAAGAGUUGAUUGUGGACUCCAAACAGAGCCAGGCUAGUGGCCCUAACAGCAGCACCACAAAUACCAGUGAUACUAAGGAGGAUUCCUUACUUACAGUAAACCAAAGCCCCAAAAGGACUGUGGCCAACUUGGCCUCUAAGCCCCUUGGUACCAUAUCCCCCAUUCUUAACCGCAAGUUAAACCUGGUGGGUCUCCAGUCACCACUAAAGCCCCAUCCCAAAGAAUCACCAAAGCCCUCACCACAUAAGACCUGUAGUGAUUCAGUGGAGGUUCUGCAACGCCCCACUGUCCCUCCCCCACCUCCACCUUCUCGCCCCCCAGUGCCACCAAGACCUCAGAUAAGGUUGACAUCAGCCUCAUCAGAAACCAGUCUUUUGGAAGGCGUUGAUUCUGUUACAACUACCAAUACCACUGUGGUGCUUCCUACCGUGACUACCACCGUCAGUGCGUCUGAAAAAUCUCCAGAAAAAUAUCCUUUCCCUGGAGCCAACGAGGACAAAGCCGGCACUGAGAAGAUAUGUGUCAAACAGACUGAGGCGAAGCAGUCUACCAGGCCGGCAGAGUCCAGUGAAGACCUGCCUCACCCGUCAACUGUGACCAGCAGCAGCAAAGCCGAUCAAGCUAAGGAAAAGGCUUCAGAGAGCUCCUGCAACACACGGGACAGUCUAGAGGACCACUCUCUCUGGGAAUCCCCAGAAACCAUGUUUCGUAACAAGACAGCACGUUGGCCCAAGGCCUCUGUUGUGUUCGAGGUGGAGAGCAACCAUAAGUACCUUAAUGUGGCCCUUUGGUGCAAAGAUCCCUUUAAGCUGGGCAGCUUGUUGUGCCUGGGCCAUGUCAGCCUCCAGCUGGAGCAUGUAGCCCUGGAAUGCAUGGCCACAUCUUCAGCAGAGUACCAGAGCACCUUUAGGUUAGGGCCUCCAGAGCCCAGAGCUAAUGUCAGCCGCACUGCUCUACGCAGCCUCGGCACCCACAAGGGCUUUAAUGAGAAGCUGUGUUAUGGAGAUGUUACUCUCAACUUCUGUUACUUAGCUGAGGGUGAGUUAGAGUAUCAAGGAGGGCUGGCAGAAAAAGAGCGGGAGGGCAGUCUUCAUGAUGAGGAUCUAAGGGAGAGGGAGCACAUCCCCACUGCACAGCGGGAUGACUUGGCCUACGGAACCUUGCAGUUGGUGGAGGUUCGUCACAACUUUCAGGACACCCAGUUCCAAAACCCCACGUGGUGUGAAUACUGCAAGAAGAAGGUUUGGACCAAGGCAGCCUCUCAAUGUAUGAUCUGCGCCUACGUUUGCCACAAAAAGUGCCAGGACAAGUGCCUCACUGAAAAUCCCUUCUGUGUGGCAGCAACUGAACGUCGCGGAGCCGACCCUGAGGCCAAAUCGACCAUUAACCGGGCCACCACUGGCCUAACUCGGCAUAUCAUCAACACCAGCUCCCGCCUGCUUAACCUCCGCCAGGUGCCCAAAACUCGGCUGGUUGAGCAGGUGGCUGACGUGGUGCCUGGAGCGGUGGAGCCCUCACCCAAGCAUACCCCCAACACUUCAGACAAUGAGAGCAGCGACACUGAGACCUACACCAGUGGCGCCAGCCCCUCAAAGCAGCCCAUCGGCACUGGUGGCAGCAGUAAACUUGUACGUAAGGAAGGUGGUUUGGAUGACAGUGUGUUCAUUGCUGUGAAGGAGAUAGGCCGUGACCUGUACCGGGGGCUGCCCACAGAUGAGCGCUCCCAGAAGCUUGAGUUGAUGCUGGACAAGCUGCAGCAGGAAAUUGAUCAGGAGUUGGAGCACAAUAACGCUCUUCUGCUGGAGGAGAGGGAGGCCACAGAUGUCCGGCGCAAGGCCCUAAUUAGUACUGCCCUGGCCAAGUCUGGGGAGAGACUCCAGGCCCUCACCCUGCUGAUGAUCCACUACCGGGCAGGCAUUGAGGACCUGGAGUCUGUGGAGAGCACUUCUCCUUCAGAGCAGCAAGGCUUUAAAGGCAAAGGAGAAGGCCUUGAGGAAGAGGCCCUGAUGGGGGCAGAGGUCUAUGACAGUGACAUAUGUAGCCCUGUGGAGGUGCAACUGCUGGAUGACAUCACGGAGGAGCAGAUCUGUGUGGAGGCGCUCCACUGAAUAAAAUGAGGAACAUGUGGUUUGGGCUCAAGGCUCCCAACAAAAUAGUUUGUUUUUGAGAACGGGGAAUUUCAGCAGUCCAUUUAAAAAUAAUGGGUAUGUUGGGGUCCAGUGUUGAAUUCACAUGUUUUUAAAUUUUUACAUGAAAAAGAAAGAAUGGGUGAUGGAAUGUCCUCCCUAAGGAUUCAUGUUAUUGAUGUUUAAUUUGCACAAUGUGAUGCCGUUUCCAUGCUCUUGGUUUUCAAAGGGAAGCUUGAGAGCUUCGAUAUUAUCUGGCCUCAUUAGUGCUGCAUGUGUAUCCUCCAGUUCUGUUUUUCUGUGGCUUCAUAAUGUCAUUGUAAGCAUUUAAUUCAGUUUGCUUUCUUGUCUGUAACUGCUUUAACAUAAGGACUUAAGAAAAUGUGCACAUUUCUGUGGUCUACUUGUCUAAUUCAUCUUAACUUUGGGGAAGGAAAAUCAUUUUUCAGUAUAUGUUUUGCUGCGAGCAAGAAGCCCAUAUCGGGUGAAAUAAUAGAGUCAAUAAUGGUGUCAAAACAAAGCAAGCGGUCAUAUGUAUCUUUAGUUUUCAGCACUUUUUUACAGUAAUAUAAUUGGAUUUAAGUAAUGACCCGUUGCUCACAGCACUCUUUUGGGACUUCAGCAGUGGAGUCUUCGAUAUAGUUUGCCCCGUUCUUUUGGUUUAUUAGUUAUUGGUUAGGUCAAACAUGUUUUAUCAUUUAACCCAACGUUUUCAAUUCCCUGAGAGUGUGUUCCAAGGUAAUUGUUCUCUCUCUCUCUCUCUCUCUCUCUCUCUCUCUGUGUGUGUGUGUCAUUAAUAAUUCAUUUAAUGGGCAGUUUCUUCCCAUUAUAUUUGUACAGACUCUUAUUCCCCUACCCUCUUAUGUUACCGUCUUCGGUGUGUGUGUGUAAAUGAUUUCCAUGCUUCAAGGAGUUAUGAUUUAAUUUAUUGCAGGUCAUUUGCCUUUAUGAGUUGUUUCCAUGCCCAGAUGAAUGUAUGUCCCGCCCCUCUGAGUUGUUGGUGUGUCCAGCUGUUUUGCACGGCCUUCCUCCAUUUCCUCGCUACACAUCGAGCAUUACUGUAGCCUGUUACAUUGAUCCUAUCAUAACCAGCUACUCAGCCAAAAUGCUAUGCUAUCUGUUAGACCCUCAGAGAGCCACUGGACAAAAUGGUUUGUGAGGCGGGAACAUCUUUCUAUCUUUAAUUGUCAAGAGAUUAUCUCCCUUACAUAUGUUAUGAAAAAUCUACCUGAAAACACCAAACAUUUUCUAACCCUAUAUAGGUGGUGAUGUCCUUUUCUUUGUUGAUUGUGAUUGGUAUUUAGCCAGUUGGUGCCACAUCACAUAUUUCCAGCACAAAUCCAAAUGAGUUUGUUAGUGUGUACUCGGUGAGAUUGAGGGCUUUUAAAACUAUCAACAGCAGUCAGCAGCUUGGGGACAUUCAGCAUGCAGACAGGGGAACGCCGUUAACAGACGUACCAGUACAGGCCAGAGUUAAGGUAGAGUAGAUUAUAUCAUAAAACGGGACCCAGCAGGUCCAGUUGGAGUAAUAGGUCGCUGAGUUGGAAGGCUUAUCAGACCGUAGAAGGCAACACAGCGGGAAUACUACAAGGAAGGAUACCAAAAAGCAGGACGGUUAUCUCAAAAGCAAUCAUUUUAUCUUUGGUCCAACACAGAAAUAUGCUGUUGAUGUUAGAGUAAUCUACCAGGAAGGCCCCACAGCGCCAUGGGGGGGUGUCCAUCCAUUUCUCCAACUGUUACCGACAAUCCGACAGCACCACUUUACAUAGCAACGCAAUGUUUUUGCGUUUGACUCAUUAUAGCUAGCUCGUACUUGGAGAUUAGUGUUGGGCAUCGUUUUGAAUUUUAAAAUUGGAUUUAGAAUUCGGAUUCAAGACAUUCUCCAGUUUCAUUCUCUGACGGCUGGAGUGCUUAUUUAACAGAUCGUUGUUUUAUUUCAAUUCAAGUCUGAUUUAUACUCAUACCGUGCUCCACGGCUGCAACACAGUGGUGGUUGGAAACAAAACUUACGCAUGUUCAAGAUGGAACAGAUGAUCGGGUUCGAAACCAAAUUGUCCAAAAGAUUCCAGUUUAAAAAAGAAAAAAAUUAUCAUUUUUGAAACAAGUUGGAACCUGUUCUCCAGUCCUCCUGGAGAUCCCGGUGGUAUGGUGAUGGUGAUGAACGUAUGAGUGUGUACACGGAUGACCUCCUUCACUUCUAAAUCUGCUGUUGUGAACAUGGAAGGGACUGAAGUAAAAACACUUUCAAAACAUAAUAGCCUGUAAUGUAGUCUAAAUAGUUUUUAUAUUUGCAGUAUCAUGUUUCGCUCACAGCGUCCCAUGUACCGGGCGUUAGGAUCCACUGCAUCAGGGCUAGGAUUCCACUUUUAUUCAGACAUCUUUAGAUAUUCCUGCAUACAAGUACAAGCUGAUGGAAGAUUCAACACGUACAAAAAUAAAAAGACGUCACCCAAAAUGCAUUUUUCCUUCAAUG